GGGAGGCUAGAGCAAACGGGAUUCUGGACAGAUGAAGGCGAGGCUGCCUAUUCGGAUGGGGGCAGAGAGGCGCGUGGAAAGGCUGGGACCUGGGACAGAGGAGUGUUUUACCACAAACUUCAUCAGUGGCCGAAAACUCAUCCACGUAAACUGCUCAAACCUCCCUCAGAUGGGUAUAACAGAUUUCGAGGACAUGAAGGUAAUUUCUCAGCAUACCCGGGAGCUACUGGGAAUUGAAGAGCCAUUAUUCACACGCUCCAUCAGCCUUCCCUACAGGGACAAUAUCGGUUUAUUUUUAGAGCAAAAAUGUCAUAGUGGAGUUAAAUCUGAUUCCUUGACCUUGUCUGAAUUUGUGCAAGCAGUGGGAUUACAGGAUUAUGCUCCAGAAAUAACCACCCCUGAAGAGGAUGCAGCAUUAUAUUCCAUUGAACCAUAGGGCAAGCCGUUUCACUUAGCUUGAAAAUCAAAUUGAAUUAUGUGGGGGAAGAAGUGUGGUAUUUCUGCAUUUUCUUUUUCUCUUCAUUCAGGAUCAGAGUUAGAACUGCUGGCUCCAUUCCUAGUUAUGCCACUGACUCACAGCACCUUCCCUUUAUUUGUGUGUCAAUUUAGUCCCUUGUUAAAACAAAGAUAGCAAUACUUCUCUUUCUGGGUAAUUGUAAGAAUUCCUGAUAAAUUCUAGUACUUCAUCUGGUAGUAGGAACAUGUUGGAGAAACAGACUAAAAGUAAAAUCACCUGCCAACCCAGAUAAUCCUCUUCAUAAGUGCAGACAAGGAAACAGUUUUAUUAUUGAAUCAGCAUAAAAUCAGACAGGCCAAAUCAGGCAGGCCACUAAAGAGAUUGCCAAGACAAGGAAAUCUCACCCUUCUAUAUAGCCAGGCAGAUAUAAUCCAUUAUUUACAUGUUAACUGUCUGUAUCCAAAGGAAAAAUAAAAGUUCUCAAAUCUUUGUGACAAACAGAAAGUUACUACCUGGAGCCAAGCACUUAGGCUAAACCCCCAGAGUCAGGGAGACAAAGUGCCAUUCUUCUAAAUGCUCACAUUUCAAAGAGGUGGCUCCAAGGGCCCCCUCCCCCAAAAGACAGUCCUGGGAUGUAAAACUGGCAGAAGGUUUAUUCACCUUUUUAGAAGAUUAGCAUACGUCUCGAAAACAGAGAAAAAGGAUUUAUAUUACAAGUUUUUAAAAGGAAAUGUGUUAUGAAAAAGGAGGGGGGAAGUUCUCAUUCCUUUUUGGCAUCAGAGAACAAAAUUUUAAAAAUAUUUUUUUAGAUUUGUAUUUACCUGUUAAAACAACAUGGCUUAUAGAAGUAUAUCAUUGACCAUGGACUAGGGUCUGGGGUUUGUUUACAAGGCGUUUUAUGUGGUAACUCCAGACUUUUAUAAAAUGAAAUUCAGACCAGAGUCUACCUGUGACUGGACUGUUCAAAAGAAAUUAAAAAUACUUCUUGUUGCUUGAAUGACUCCGAUUCCUCUCUAGUUUUAUAGACUACCUUCUCUUUCUCUUCCCAGCCACACUUCUUAAUCCUAAGAACCACUGUAGGGCUACCAUAAUCCAGAAGCGCAAUGAUGUACCCUAUCCAGUUCCUUACAUCUGAAUGAAUAGUCAAAGGAAUCCAUUUUUUUUUCCUACUGAGAGAAAGAACAGUGCCUCAAAUUAGCAUUCAUGUCACAUGUUAAUGUUUGAUGAUGAACCUAAUUUUUUUCCCAAGUGGACUAGCAAAAUUUUAUCUUAUACCAUUUAACACCAUACCAUUGAGUCUGCUUGGCUCACAAGCAUGCAAAAAAGAAAAAUGUAAAUGAUUAACCUAAGACCAUGGUGGUUUACAUGUAGAGUGAAUGGUUUUGUUCCAAAGCGCUUUAGCAUUUGGCAAACAAUAGUUCUGUUCAGUGACAGAGCAUAGUCAGCGCCAUGCUUUCUCAACUUUAUGGUUACUGCUAUUGUUUUCUACUCUAUUAUGAUUGACAUAAAGUAAUUGCAAAACGUAAAGGAAAUAAAU